AUGUUUAAGGCUCUGAGUUCGCAAGUCUCCCUCGGUCACCACGUCCUGCUUGGCCUUCGCUACUGGCAUUCACAGAAGGCAGAAUCAAAACUCGAAAGUUGCAAGUCUCCCUCAAAUCCCAAUCAGUGUUGUCCCUUCAGUGCAUUGAGUUGUGGGCAAAUUACUUCGAGCACCCCACACAAGAAAAACAAAGGGGGCCAAGCUUGCUGGGCGGCUCCCAUUUCCUCCCCUCUCUUCCUCCUUCCUCCUUCCUCCCUCACCACACCACUCACUUCCAAUUCUUUGCUUUCUGUCACAUCACUACUCUCUCUCUCCUCUCUCUAUAUAUAUAUAUAUCUUUACCUACUUUCCCGGAAAACACCAGAACACGAAGGAAAUCUCUCCUGGUUGCUGCAGAUAACAGGCCUAGAAAUUUCACUGUCCGAACAACUUAUUCGUCUGUGUCUCUCAAUCCUCUCCAGGUUCAACUUCAUUCUUCGUCUUCAUCACUCCAUUAUAAUGCAGCAGAUGAAGCAAAGGUCUGAGCACCAGCAACACCAGCAAUUCUGGGCUAGAGUGGUUAUGCGAAAAUGGCUUAACAUGAAGGAGUCCGAUUACAGCGCUGACCCUGAUGACCCAGAUGAUAGUGAUUCAGACAACGGAGUGAGUGACGACAUUCCCAUAUAA